GCGCCUGCUCCAACACAUGUCAAAACUCGCGUCGCGAGAUGUUUGAGCACCGCAGAUAGCAAGGUGCAACGCUACGUCCGUGCAGCCCUCUAGUGGCCGCGAAGGUGCGCGUACAUCACGUACUCCCAGUAGCUCGUUCUGGCUGUGAUUCUGGCUGCAUCACGGCGCUAUCCCACGCUAUCAUGCUGUUCCAGUGCACACGCAGUCUCGGUGCAGCGGCCUUACGAAAGUACGCAUCCAGCAGUCUGGAUUUUGUUGUAAAGAAAUACGUGAGAACUGGAGAUCCGCGCGCGCCGUCGUCUUCGAAGAUAUUAUCGAUGUUGGCGUAUCACGCCGCUGCGGAUCAGACCCUGGAAGCGAUACUAGACGCCGUGGACGAUCUUGAACAGGAGCGUGAUGACGUCGAGUGCGAGCUUGCUUCGGGAGUUCUAAGUAUUAAAUGUUUGGACGGUUCGUGGGUCAUCAACAAGCAGGCUCCCAACAAGCAGAUAUGGUUGUCAUCGCCCAUGAGUGGCCCCUGCAGGUACGAAUGCGGAGAGGAUGGCAUCUGGAGACAUACGCGCGAUGCCUCGAAACUUUCCGAUCUUCUCCACGCCGAGCUGCAGCUACACAUUCAUGGUAUCUAGGGUCCCGAUGCUCCCGGUGGUAUCCCGUGGGUCAUCUAUAGUACGCAGCUUCUGGUCACGUGCGUUAACAAUGGAAGGAACGCAAGAUGCGUCCGACCAGCGAUUCCCACUGACGGCACAGCUUCGAGUGCUUCUAGCCCCAGCAUGGCGCAACGCUCGGCCGUGUGCGCUAAUGAGGCCAUAUCAUGUCAUCAGCCACGGCGCUGGGCCAUCGAUUAGUAACGCCUUGACGGGAGCCAUUCGCGCAGAGCGGAGUCCUCAAACUCCUCGCACCACACGCUCAGAAGAGCCCGUUUCCCCCCCGUGGAACGCGCGUUAGCGAGAUAGUACUAGUCCUUACACACCUAACUGUCGGUUCGCUGC